AUGAAGAAGAAGAAGUGUGAGGAUUAUGUGAAAGCCCUAGAAGCGGAGCGUAGCAAGAUUCAAGAUUGUGAAAGCGCGCUCCCUUUUUCUCUCGAACUCCUCACGCAGGCAAUUGAGGCAUGCAAGCUGCAGCAGCUGUCUGGGACGCCAACUGAGCAAAAUUUCUUAAAACAGCUGGUGGAGUGCAAGUGGCAGCAGAAGUGUAGGGAUGCGCCAGUUCUGGAGGAGUUCAUCGCUAUCAAGAGAGCUGUUUGUGGUUCGGAUUCGGAGGAUGAAGAACAUGAUGAUUCCAAGAAGCCAAGAAAUGAUGAUACAAAUAUCAACCAGAAUAUUGGCAAGAAAGCAGACUGGCUUAGAUCUGUGCAGCUUUGGAAUCAAGGCCAACCCGAUCUACAGGGUUCGCCGGAAAGAGUUGCAGUCUUGGAGGCGAAGAAGAUAAACGGCGGCAGUGGCGGUGCAUCCACCAGUUCCGUGGGGGAGAACGGUGGCGCUGACGAGAAGGGAUCAGGAUCAGAGGGGCAGUUGCCUGCGAGAAAAACCCGGCGGCUUUGGUCGCCGGAGAUGCACAACAAAUUCUUGGAAGCCAUUCAGCAACUUGGUGGCUCAGAAGCGGCUACGCCUAAACAGAUUUGGAAAAUAAUGAAUGUCAAUGAAGUCACCAUCCAACAGGUUGGAAGCCAUUUGCAGAAAUAUCGACUGCGUAUAAAAAAAUCGAAACCUUCCAUUCACCGCACUGCAAUGGCUACCGCCGCCGCCGCCGCCGCCGCCACCACCACCACCUCUAAAGCAAUUGUAUGCCCCCAUUGCUGCAGUUCCUUUACUAUCCCGGAGGCAUCGACUUCUUCGAAACAAGAAACCAAGUCGACUAAUUCUGGCGACAGAGGCAGCGGCGCCGGCGAGCAUUCCUCCAUACCAACCCUAUAA